AUGGUUGUCGGCCGUCCUCAGGCUGCUGCCGGCUACAGCGUCAGCCGCUUCGCUGCUCGCUUUGGCUUUCCUUGUAUCGCCGACGGUGGUGCCCAAAACGUUGGCCACAUCGUCAAGGGUUUUGUCUUUAGCCCGACGCCCCUGACGCCUUGGGUCUAUUACAGACACAUUAUGUCGAGAUUGAAGGAUUUCGAUACAUCCGAUCCUUAUCAUAUUGUCAACUAA